UCGGCAUAACCUCGAUCAAAGCUGCUUUGAAAGCUCUGUUCUCUACCAGCAAUAACACCAUCUGGAUAACUAAUCUAAAAUGAAUACGGUGGCAACGCCAAUUUAUUUAUUGGCACGUCUUUGCGGUACCUUUGCUACUUUGUCUUGCACGCGCUGAUAAUUCGUUUUGCUAAGUGCUUGGAAGUCAGUUUCUUCAUCGGAGCUGUGAGUUUUCGACAUUCCUUAUUAAGUACACUAAAUAAAAUCAGAAACUACAACAGAAAUAAAACAAAAUCGCGUUAAAAACUUUCAAGAAAGGUUGCACCUUAAGCUCGCACCGCGUGUUCUUGCCAUUCACAGUGCGUAAAAUGUCCGAGAUUGCUCAACUACUGUUAAGCGUUAUCCAGGGAGUUUCGGCCGGAGCAACUAAUGAUGACCUUACCAAGGCAUUAUCGGACGUACCCGCUGCCACACGAGUCGAGGGCCUAAAUAUAUUAUUGCAACAGGGUAGCAUUGAAAUAUUGAAAAAGGGGGAGAAACUGGUAUAUCGUGCAAAGGAUCCGCAGAAGAAAAGUGCUUUGCCCAAAGAUGCUGAUAAUGAGGAAAAGAUCGUUUAUGAUAUUGUGGAGAAAGGCGGCGACAAAGGCAUUUGGAUUCGAGAUAUACGCAUAAAGUCAAAUUUGAAUAUGACACAGCUGAACAAAAUACUCAAAAAUCUUGAAACCAAGAAACUAAUUAAAGCCGUUAAAUCUGUUAAUGCCAGCAAAAAGAAAGUCUAUAUGCUGUAUAAUUUGGAGCCAGAUCGUACGGUUACUGGUGGUGCCUGGUACCAGGAUCAGGACUUUGAGGUGGAGUUUGUUGAUGUUUUAAAUCAGCAGUGUUUACGCUUUUUGCAAAUGAAGCGCGAUAAUGCCGAAAAAAAACGAGAUGGUCCAUUGGCCUUCAAGCAAAUGUCCUGCUGCACAGUGAAGGAAGUGCACAAGUUUAUAUCUGAUUUAGGCAUUAGUAAAGUAAAUCUGGAUGAAGAUGAUUUGGAAACUAUACUGAAGACAGUUGUCUAUGAUGGCAACGCGGAGCGCAUUCUUCAAUCGGACGGCUCAUAUGUUUAUCAUUCAGUUAAUACACCCCUACCACCUCCAGGACUAGUACAAAUGCCAUGUGGAAUCUGUCCGGUUAUUAAAAAUUGUUCCAAUUGUGGUGAUGUUACCGCCAUUAGUUGUCAAUAUAUGAAAGAAUGGCUCGAUUAAGAAA